CUAUCAGCCUCAAAAAGAAUUGACGAUAGACCUCUUACUCUAUCCGCAAGCCACGCAUAAGUUAUGCAUGACGAGAAGAUGUUUCCCAAGCACUUGUCAACAAUGGGUGAGACGACGUAUCUUACCGUUCAUCAGCCGACCGGUUAUUUGGGCCAUUUUCAGCCGCCGCCGGGGACGGAGAUGGAUCACUUUUUUCAUGAAUCUAUUGACGGACUGCAACUUCGUCUCAGUCUACCAUAUCAAUAACAGUCAAGGAGAGGAAUGACUUGGCGAAAGCUUCUUUCAUUUCUUCACAGACUUUUGCUCGACUUAUCGGAAUGUCUUUAGCUUCGCGCAUAAGCGUCUCUCCCUACCCCAACAAGUCCUUUACCUUCAUCCCUCAUGACACCUGGAUACCUCCAGGGGCAAGGUCAAUCUACGGGGGUCUCGUCAUCUCGCAAGCCCUUUGCUCAUCGCUUUUGACUGUUGAAUCUCCAUUUGGCUUGCAUAGCAUUCAUUGCUACUUCUUACACCCUGCACUGCCAGACGGAGAUAUCGAAUAUAGGGUGGAUAAACUUGCUGAGGGCCAGAGAUACUGCCGAAGGGAAGUGAGGGGAUGGCAGAAUGGGAGAAUAUUCUUCAUCCUCUUCGCUAGCUAUGAAUCGCUAUAUGAACGGUCCUCAGCGUCGUCUGAAGACCAUACAUCUAUCAAAGUCUCGCACAGUCUGACAGCAAUGACUCAGCCGUGGGAUGAAGAUCCUACGCAGAAGAAUGGUGAAAGCUUCGAGGUCAAGCAGAGCUUUCAAAUGCCCUUCCCAAAGGAACUAAGACCCUGGGAUCAAUGCGAAGAGAACGAAGUCUUCCUCCAAAGACUAGUGCAGGAGAAAAGUAAAGAAGAAUUAGGAUGGAAAUGGGAAUAUUUCGACAACUGGUCAAAGAAAAGAGGUUCAGCACCCUUUUUCACUUCGGUUGCCAGGAAGAUUCCGGGAGUACCAUCUUCAAAAGAGUAUUACCUCAAUGGUUUACCCACCACCCGAAUGACGUGGUAUCGACCACGCAUAGAUCCUGAUGAAACAAUCAGCGAAGAGAUGUAUAAAUCCAUGAUCAUUUACCUGACCGAUUAUCAACUCGUGGGUGCUGCAACGCGCUCUAUCGGUCUCAACAUGUCGUCUACUCCUCAAAUAGGCUUGAUUGCCUCCUUAGACCAUUCAGUGCACUUCUACCCUUUACCACCAGAUCUCAAUUAUCAAGAGCCUGUAUUGCAUGUCAUGGAAUCGCAAGUGGCUGACAUGUCAAGUGGAAGAGCCGUGGCAAGAGGAAGAGUAUACAGCGCAAAGGGAAAGUUGUUGGCAGUGACAUGUCAAGAGGGAGUAUUUAAAGUCAGAGAGCCAGGGAAGAAGCCGAUGGGGGUGGCAGCUAGUGGAAUAGAUGAAGAAGAUCUACAGGCUAGACUCUGAGAGAUGAAGAGUGGUCUUGUCAACAAUCUGCUGAGGAGUGACUCUUUCCUUCGUAGCCACAAGGACAAGGAUUACAGUAUAAGAACGCUUGCGUUCAUGGUCUCUCUUAUGCAUAUCGCGCUGAAAC